GCCGUCAAGGUCUGCACGGAUCACCAAGGCGGCAUCAACUGGCUGAGCCUGAGCCCGGACGGGCAGCGCCUGCUGACGGGCAGCGAGGAUGGCACCGCGCGGCUCUGGAGCACCGCCGACAGCCAGUGCCACGGCCACCUCCAAGGACAUGAAAGUUACAUCACCUUUUGCCACUUGGAGAACGAGGCUGCCUUCACGUGCAGUGCAGAUCACACCAUUCGGAAGUGGGACGUGGUGACAGGUCAGUGCCUGGCCAUUUACCGAGGACACACGUCAAUUGUCAACAGGAUCCUGGUUGCCAAGGACUAUCUCUUCAGUGGCUCCUAUGACAGGACGGCCCGCUGCUGGAGCGUGGACAAGGAGAAGCAAAUCCAGGAAUUCCGGGGCCAUCGGAACUGUGUCCUGACUCUAGCUCACUAUUCCUCCAGGGACGUUCUUGAGGAAGAGGAGGAGGAAGAGGAGGAGGAGGAGAAAGUGAGCAGAGACCUCCUGGUCACAGGUAGCACGGACUGCACUGUUAAGGUCUGGUGGGUGUCCAGUGGGCGCUGUUACCAGACUCUGCUGGGACACACUGGGGCUGUCUUAUGCCUUAUACUUGACGCACCAAACAGGGAGCUGUUCUCUGGCAGCACGGAUUACACCAUUCGCACCUGGAAUAUUGUCACUGGUGAGCAGCUGAAAGUGUUCAAAGAGCAUCAAGGAUCAGUAAUUUGCCUAGAGCUGGUGAACCGUCACUUGUACUCGGGCAGCGCGGACAGGACGGUGAAGUGCUGGCUGGUGGACACGGGGGAGCGGAUCCAGACCUACAAGGCUCACAAACACAGCGUCAGCACUUUGAAAUACCACGCUGGGAUCUUGUUCACGGGAAGCGGCGACGCCUGCGCCAGAGCUUUCAACUCCAAGAGUGGUGUCCUGCAGAGGAUCUUCCGAGGACACAAGUUCAUCAUCAACUGCAUCCAGAUCCACAACGAGUUGCUCUACACAGCCUCCCACGACGGCACACUGAGGGUCUGGGACAUCCGGGGCAUGUGCAAGAGGAACAAGCGGCGACUGAAGAAGGAGAGGUCUGCCCAGGGCAGGAGCUCCCAGAAGGGAAGUCUGUCCCGGCUCUUCAACAACAGAGUCGGCUGUAUGGUACAGCAGGAGAACGGGGAGCACGAGGCUGUGGAGCUCAUGUGA